AAGAGGAAGUGCUACCUUCUUCUUCUGCCACAUCCUCUCAUUUGUGCUUAUCUUCCCUUUCGCCCCGGUGACAUGUUAUUUUCUUUUAAAGCAGCAGUUUGAAAUAGAGUGCAGUGAGACCUUUUGUGUUGAUAGAAUUCACAAGAGGCUUACUUAGAUUGAGAACAACCCUCCACUUCUUAUUUCGUUGUUUUGACAGGAGUCGACAUCAGUUAAGGAACUCAAUUCAGCUGAAGUCACCCGACUCUGUCGAGUCGAGUACUGAAGGUUUUCUUGACAGCUGGUGUGUAUCUCGCCUUGAGGCGAAAUGAUGGAGGCCGCAGUGUUUGAGUAUCACAAAGAGGAAGACCCUUUGGACAUUGAGGAUUUUCAGGCAGGGAAAAAGAAGCUCAUUCAGCCAGCAUCUUUAAAAGACCCCAAACUUGAAAAGCUAAAGGAGACAUUGGUUUAUUGGAUCAAUAGCACUCUGAAAGCAGAGCACAUAGUGGUUCAGAAUCUGGAGGAGGAUCUGUACGAUGGACUGGUGCUUCAUCACCUGCUGUCAAAGUUGGCCGGCGUGCACUUGCCUGUGGAAGAGAUGGCAAUGACCACCACUGCUCAGAUCCACAAGCUGGAAGUGGUCCUGGAGGAGUUGGACAAGAGACUGGGCCUGCAGGACAGCAGCCGGAUCAAGUGGAACGUCAAACUCAUCCACAACAAAGACCUUUUGGCCACUAUUCAUCUGCUGGUUGCCAUGGUGAGAUGUUUCCAGCCUGAACUGGAUCUGCCAUUGAACGUGAAGGUUGAAGUCAUACUUGUGGAAACAAACAAAAGUGGAAUCAAAUCAGAAAUACAGACGGAGGUCCUGACAGAGAAAAGAGAUGUGGGCUCGGACUCCCUCAGCAAUACUGAAAAGGAAGACCCAAUUGAGCAACUGCUGAAGCUUGAAACUCACAAGGUCAACACUGUGAAGAAGGCCAUCUUACACUUUGUCAACCAGAAUAUGUCAACCAUGGGUCUGCAGGUGGCUGAUAUGGACAAACAGUUUGCUGAUGGUGUGAUUCUGCUGCUGCUGAUUGGACAGCUGGAAGGCUUCUUUAUCCCGCUCCAUGACUUCAACCUGACCCCCGUCAGUCCCUCUGAGAUGCUUCACAAUGUGACUUUGGCCUUGGACCUCCUUACUGACACCGGCCUUCAGGUGUCGAAUGUUGAUCCCCAAGAUAUUGUCUCUCAGGACGUCGCUGCCACCUUGAAGAUCCUGUACGCUCUAUUCAAGAAGCACAAAGGGAAAUGAGACACGACCCACAACCAGAAAUACAAACAGAGAUCAAGGCAGUCGGAGCGUUUGGUUAGACUUCUGUUCCUUCUGUCUCUAAAUGCUGCGCCUGUAAUUAUUCAGAGCUGACUGUUUCUCAUGCUAAUUUAAAAUACGCGCACAAAGCUUAAGUAGCUUUACCAAGUUGCACAUAAUUAACAAUGUUAGUGCCAUAAGGGCUCUGUCUGGUAUUUGUAAGAGCAACAUUUUGGAUGAAAAUCAAUACAUUUCUAUUAAAUUGCUGAGCCCAAAGUUAAUGCAUAUGGCUCUUUUUCACAGAGCUUCAUUUUUAAACACCAUGACAUGGGAAUCUGUGCAAUGACCAACAGCAAACUAUCUUGACACUGCUGACCUUUAAGAGUACCAAGAACCAAAGAGUCCAAAAUAGAAGAAGGCUUUUAUAUUAGCUGUAGAUAGUUGAUCUUGAUGUGAGCAAUCUAUGGUAUGAAUAUGUAUGUUAAGUAUUCCCCUUUUAAAUCUUUGUCUAAUUAAAAGAUGAGUUGUUGAGCUAUUGUGGCAGGAAGGCACUAGCAUCUAAGCAUGUUAGUUCACCAACUAGCUCUGCAACUAGUCCUUAUCAGUCACCAUGCCGUUCAGGAAAUUAAACCUUUGAAUAUAUUGAAUGGAACUUUAAAUAUAUUGAAUGAAACUUUGAAUAUAUUGAAUGAAACUUUGAAUAUAUUGAAU